AUGUUGACGAAAGCUGACAAGGUGCUUCCAGACGCGCGUCAGCUCUCUUUCAGUUGUCCAAUUUGCAGCAAAGCCUUUUCAAAGUCGGAGGUUGCGCGACGGCACAGCAAAGCAUGUGCAAAGAAAUACAACCAGCCCUUACCGGCGGCGAGUAAGCCCGGUAGGAAACGGCUGUCUUGCGAUGCCUGUUCGGCCGCCAAGACAGCUUGUGAUAAGAAAUAUCCCUGUUCUCGCUGUCAAUCGUUGAAACGAGGAUGUACCUACGCAGGCCAGGAGGUAGCGUCUCCCGCAGGAGAGGACUGCUCGACCGAUAUCUCAUCGCCAUCAUCUUCUCUGAGAACGGCAACUGUGUCGCCCGCGCCAUCAUCGUUAUCGUUAUCGACCUCGAUUUCUUACUCCUCAAGGCGAGAUGACCCGUUCUCGUUCCUCCGGUAUUUCACGGAUCCGUCUGCAGGUGUGGAUAGACUUGCAAUUGGAAAGACCGCAGAGUACUCGGUCCGGAGGAACCUGGAAGGGCUUUAUUCCCACCUCGAACACGAGCUGGUGCCCGUUCAUCAUUCUCCGACCUUUCUUGGGGACAUUCCUUUCCCUAGUGACUUCCUACCCGUGGGUUUACUAUCUGAUGACUCCUUUUCGCCGAAACUGCUGAAGCAGCUGAACAAUAUUCUGAGAGAGCUGGUUGAAAUUUCCAAGUCAAUGGGUCCUGUCAACGGAGAACAGCAACGGCCACUGGACAUGUUGGAACUAACCUCUCUUUUCACGGCGACAAAUCUGUUUGCUUUCAUUUCAGCUUUCUUUCAUUCGCUGCAUUGGCAUCUGCCCGUGGUUCAUUUCCCGACCUUUGAUCCAGGGAAUGUUUCUAGCUUCUUGCUACUCUCGAUCUGUCUGACUGGCGCAACAUACACUUUCCCAAUGGACGGGACAACCUUACCACCUCGGCUUUUGGAUGUUGCCGAAGAACUCAUUUUCCGACAGAUCACAAAUCUUUCGACACUGCCACCCGUGUCGUUGAAGAAUCCGACGAGACUGCUGCCCACGGUUCAAUUGAUUCAAAGCGCUUUGAUCAUGGAGAUGCUUCAAUUCGGGCAAGACCAAUUAGACACGAGACGACGUAUCCGUAUUAUCCGACAUCCCUGCCUAGUCUCGGUUCUGCGAUCACUGGGGUUUUUCCAGCUAAGGCGAAGCAUGACACCGAGUGUUUGUGAUGACACUACGUGGAGAGAGAUGGUAGCAGAGGAGGCUUGUAUACGGGUCGCAUCUUGGGUCUUCCUUGCGGAUGGAUUCCUUACCGUCUGUUUCAAGAACCAUCCCUCCCUGUCGAGCUUCGAGCUGAACUGCGACUUUCCCUGGCCUACUGAGUUAUGGGAGGCAGACGGUGCAGCUGCCUUCAGUACCAGUGUCGCCUCGCAUGCCGACGCGCCGCCAAUACCACCGCUACGCGAGGCGUUAGGACAAUUGCUCAGUAACUCUAACCCCGGUGAUUCGAUAGCUUGGCGUCGGUCGCCGUCGGUCGAGCACCUCUUGAUAUUAAUAUACGCGAUGAACACACUUGCAUUCCAAGCCAGAGCGGGGUUUCUCGGUUACCUCCCAGCCAAAAGCAUCGAGAACGCAGCUCGAAACUGGAAAGGUAUUUGGGAUUCUACUCUCGCUCGACUCGGCAAAGAACGGUACCUGCUGCUCGGUUAUCCUCAACAUGCGGAGGAGCUCUGGUGUCUAUUGACCGCUACUCUGAAUGCCUCGAACAAACAGCAAGCGUCCAUUCGAUACCUGGAUAGUGCGGCAACCGAUGACCUGGAAGACUUGCAUGAAUUUAUUGAGCGGUGUGGCCCUGCUGGUGGGUGA